UAAAACCUAACCAACAAAUGUCUGGACAUUAAAUAAUUACACAACCAUAGAGUCGUAGUCAAUAUUAAAGCAACAAUAAUAUAUUGUCAGCUUAACCAAUUCAAUAGCAAUCACAGAAUCCUCUAAAUUAUCCAAGUAAUGCAAUACCUGCUCCUUUCAUGCCAGCUCCAAUAGGUUAAUAAUAAUAAUUCUAACAAUCUCAAUAUUAAUAGCCAAAACCUAUGGAAAACACAGUUAGAUAUUAAUAAUAAUAACCUGAAACUCAUUGUCCAUUUUGUUUGACUUGUUAAUAACAUAAGAAUGAUUUAUUAUCAAAAUAAUAGGAUUAGUAGAAAGCUAAACCUUAAGGAAAAAGUAAUUUUCCAGAGUAUGAAUAUGGUGUUUGUCCUGAUUGUGAAGAGGGAACACAAGAAGGAGAUCCAGAAGAUGAUAUUGGAAAAGAAAAUUAGAAACUUCGAGAUGAUAUUGCGGCAAAAGCUAAAGCAAAUAGAAAAUUAAGAAAUGAUGUAGCUAGAUUAUAAACAGAAUUAGAUAGAAUUAAACAUUUACCAGAAGAAAAUGAAAAAUUAAAAGCUAUGAUUGGUCCAUUAGAAGAUUAAUUGAGAGAUGCUAGACAUAAAAAUUAAGAUUUACUUGAUGAUAAUAAUAAAUUAGGAAAUGUAUUUAAAUAGUUAUAUAAUAUUAGUAAGUCAAAGAUUUAAGAAAUAAUAUAGAUAAAGCUAAUAAUGCAGCAAAAGAUAAUGAUAAUUUAAAGAAAGAAAUUGAUGAUUUAAAAAAGAAGAAUAAAGAUAAUGAUAAAGUUAUUGAAGAGAAUAAUGAUUUAAAGAAUAAAUUAAAUAGAUUAAAAGGUGAUAGAGAUAAAAUGUUAGCAGAUUUAGCAGCAUUAGAAAAAUAGAAUGGAGCUAUUAAGUAAUAAAUAAUUAAAUUAUCAGAGAUAAAUUGGGUAAAUUAGCUAAAGAUAAUAAUGAUCUUUAAAAAGAUUUAGGAGAUUUAAAGAAAAUUAAUAAAGAUUUAGAAAAGAAAUGUAAUGAUCUUUAAUUAGAUAAUGAUAAUUUACAUUUGAAUUUAGGAGAUGUUAAUAAAGAUAGAGAUAAAGCAAAAGAUUAAUUGAAUGAUUUACAUAAAAAUAGAAAUUAAUUACUUGAUGAAUUGGGUAAAGUGAGAGAUAAAUUAAAAGAUGCAGAGUAUCUAAAUGAUUAUUAAAUUUAAUAGAAAAGAUAAAGAUGAUUUAGGUAAAAAGUUGAAUAAUGUAUAAAAUGAUGCAAAAAAGGCAGGUGAUGUACCUAAAUUGAAAAGACAAUUAGACAAUGCUUUAUUAGAAUUGGAUGAUUUAAAGGCUGAAAAAUAAGAAUAAGAGUAAUUAUCAAUAUAUAUAUAUUUAGUUAACAUUUAAAAUAAGUUCAUGAUGACUAUAAUAAGGCUUUAAAGAUAUUAAAAGAUAAUGGUCUUUUAGGUUAAUUGGACCCUUCUGAAUAAUAACCAACAUAAAAAUAAUAACCAAAUGCUAAUGGACAAUUAGGUCCAAAUGGUUAGAAUCAAACAUACAAUCCUAAUAAUUAAUAACCUUAAUAUGGUCCAAAUGGAUAACCACUUUAUGGUCCAAAUGGAUAGCCUUUAUUUGGACCAAAUGGAUAACCAUAAUAUGGUCCAAAUGGAUAACCAUAAUAUGGACCAAAUGGUUAACCACUUUAUGGACCAAAUGGAUAACCACUUUAUGGUUAGAAUGGAUAACCUUUAUAUGGACCUUAAAAUGGAUAAAUAGUUUAUGGACCAAAUGGAUAACCUAUUUAUGGACCUAAUGGUUAACCAAUCUAUGGUCCUAUAGGAUAAUAUGGACCAUCAGGUUAAUAAGUUAAUAGUGCAUAUUUAGGAACUCCUAAUUAAAUUUCAUAAAAUAAAAUGGGUAAUAAUCCCAUGAAUCAAUCUAAUUAAUGGGGAGGUGUAAGUGGAAAUUAAGGUAGACCUUCUUAUGAAGAACUUAUGUUAGACAAUAUUAGAAUGAAGAAAUGCAUUGAUUAGUUAAACUAUGAUUUAAAAAAUAGUAAAAAAUGAUUUAUUUAAUAAACAUCCACA